AAGGCCACGGUUAUCGAUCCUGCUGCUGGUAGAGGGAGGAGGAAGCGACACCAGAGAAAAUGGCGGCCGUGGCUGCGACUGCGGCGGUGCCGGGUGAUGGGGGAGCUGGCGAGGUCGAGCCCAUGCCAGGCAGCGAAGCCGGCGCAGACGCGCUCCCCGCCGGCACGCAGGCUGCCGUGGAGUCGGCGGUGCUCGACGCUGCCAGGGAGGAUCCCGAGCCAACUCCGGGCGGAGAGGCUCAACAGCCGCCGCCGCCCAAGAGCCCAGCGGGGACCCGAGACCUGCCGCAGGCCCAGCCCAACCCGGGCCCCGUGGGAGAGCCUCUUCAGCCUCGCUCGCUGACGGCCACGCUCUCCGGUCAUUCUGAAAAGGAAGAGGCAGGCGAGCAGCCUCCGCAACCGGGCUUGCCGCUGUUACCUCCGCUGCUACUUGCAGCUGGGGGCCCCGCGGGGCCGGAGCCCAGGGAGGAGCCGCCCCGGCCGGAGGAGGAGGAGCCGGAUGCUGCCGCCGCCAGUACCACGGCAAGCGUUGCAAAGCAACCGGAGCUUUCGGGGGCUGCGGAGCCGGGGGUUGCCGGUGCAGCGGGGGAGGAGGAGGAGGCGCUGUUGCUGCCGGGCUCAGAGGUGCUGGUCACCCUGGAUCACAUCAUCGAGGAUGCGCUGGUGGUGUCGUUCCGGUUCGGGGAGAAGCUCUUCUCCGGAGUCCUCAUGGAUCUCUCCAAAAGGUUUGGACCUCAUGGAAUUCCUGUGACUAUAUUUCCCAAACGGGAGUACAAGGAUAAACCUGAAGCCAUGCAGCUCCCAAGUAAAUCAUUCCAAGAUGAGAUGCAAGUGACACGCGAAGCUAACGGUGUUGUCCCAGACUCUUCUCCCAUCCAGCCAUCAGAACAUAGCCUGGUUAAAAGCCUAUGGACUUCCAAACCGCCUCCCCUUUUCCAUGUGGGGGCGCCAUAUCCUCCUCCUUUGUUUAUCAGGGACACAUAUAACCAAUCAAUACCUCAACCUCCACCUCGAAAAAUUAAGCGGCCCAAGCGAAAAUUGUACAGGGAGGAACCCACUUCUAUUAUGAAUGCUAUCAAAUUACGACCCAGACAUGUCUUAUGUGACAAAUGUAAGAACAGUAUUGUUGCAGAAAAGAAAGAAAUUAAGAAGGGCAGCAAUGCAAGUGACUCCUCAAGAUGUGAGGAUACUAGGAAACGAAGAAAUGAGAGCAUAACUACUGUGAAUAAAAAAAUUAAAACUGAUCAUAAAGUUGAUGGGAAAAGUCAGAAUGAAAGCCAGAAAAAGAAUUCUGUGGUCAAAGUUGCAAGUAUUGUCCACAGCAGAAGUAGAGUAGUCAAAGUUCCCACUCAAGCAAAUACAUCAAAAACCCAAUUAAAUACUAAAAAGGUUCUUCAGAGCAAAAACAUGGAUCAUGCAAAAGCUAGGGAAGUUUUGAAAAUAGCCAAAGAAAAGGCACAAAAGAAACAGAGUGCAACUUCAACUUCCAAAAAUGCACAUUCAAAGGUCCACUUCACACGGCGUCUUCAGAACACCAGCUCAGGUUCCCUGCCUCCCCGAUUGCGUCUGAAGCCACAAAGGUACCGAAAUGAAGAAAAUGACUCCUCUCUCAAGACAGGGCUGGAGAAAUUGCAGAGUGGCAAGAUGGCAGCUAAGCCCCAGUCUCGCUGCUCGUCUACCCGCUCAGCAGGUGAGGCCCCUUCAGAAAAUCAGAGCCCCUCAGAAGGUCCUGAAGAGGCCAACAGUGAGGUUCAGGACACAAGUGAAGUGCAUGUACCUGUUGAUCAGGAUGAACAGCAGACCAUGGGCAAGAGAGGCAGCAAAAGCAAUAUUACAGUUUACAUGACCCUUAAUCAAAAGAAAUCUGACUCUUCCAGUGCAUCAAUCUGUAGUAGUGAUAGCACAGAUGACUUGAAGUCCUCCAAUUCUGAGUGUAGCACUACUGAAAGCUUUGAUUUUCCUCCAGGCAGCAUGCAUGCACCUUCUUCCUCCUCCUCAUCCUCCUUCUCCUCCUCUUUAAAGGAAGAGAAAAAGCUCAGUAAUUCUUUGAAAGUCUUUUCAAAAAAUGUCUCUAAAUGUGUCACACCAGAUGGCAGGACCAUAUGUGUAGGAGACAUUGUUUGGGCCAAGAUAUAUGGCUUCCCAUGGUGGCCGGCCCGUAUUCUUACUAUAACUGUGAGCCGAAAAGAUAAUGGCCUAUUAGUCCGACAGGAAGCUCGUAUUUCAUGGUUUGGGUCCCCAACAACAUCUUUUCUUGCUCUUUCACAGCUCUCCCCUUUUUUAGAAAACUUUCAGUCGCGAUUUAAUAAGAAGAGAAAAGGUCUUUACCGCAAGGCCAUUACAGAAGCAGCCAAGGCUGCUAAGCAGCUAACUCCUGAAGUUCGGGCCCUGCUGACACAGUUUGAAACAUGAACAAAGUAAGCUCAGAGACAUUAAUCAUCUGCUGUGUUUAUGGAAUUCUCUUGCACUGGCAUGAAGUCUGUCAGCUAACCAGAAAUUGCAUACAUCUGAUAUGCCACUUUCUUCUGCAAUCCAGAACAUGGUGUAUACUGAGAUACUUAAAAAAAAAAAAAAGACUAUAGUCCAUUUCCAGGAAAUCUGUAUGUGUUGUAGAUUUAUAAUUUCAAAUCUAAAAUGUUGAUAUUUUAUAAACUAUUUUUGCAAUAAACAAAGGCAUGAGCCAAGGAGCCUAUUCAACGCGAAAGAAACCACUUGAAGUACCAGAAUGAAGAAUCACAAAGUGUAAUAUUACUCUUCAAAUGCAACUUGUCUGAAUGGGUGCCGGUAACUGAUUGAGACACCUGGAAAAUUGGCUGUAAGGUUCUGAACAUUUGCUUUUGUUCUUUGUGUGUUACAUUUUACAUCUUAACAAACAUUAGUCUUUAGUGCAAGUGUUAGCAGAGCUGUA